AUGGCGUCUUCUGAUGACGAGGCUGCGACCUUGCUGGAAACGGUCUCCACUUACUACUUCAAGGACCACGACAACAAGCUGGUGUCAUUCUCCGUCCUGCCGGUGAGGUGGACCGACCAGGAAGACAACGAGGAUGCGGUGGCAGAGACCAUCUUCUUGCACGGGACUGCCGAUAACGGCCUCAGGAAGAUUUACAGAGAGGUCAAGUCUUGGAGGUUUGAUCUCAGCUGCUCGAGGCCUGAAGUGUCGGUGCUCUCCAAGGACAACAUCUGUUAUAAGCUCGAUAAGCCAAGGAGGAGCUUUCAUGAUACGAUCAGGUCCGUGUUGAUCAUGUUGCACUGCCUGCACUACGCCAAGAAUCACCCGGACGCAUCUGGAGAAGCACUGUGGAAGCACUUGGCUAGAACCUUGGGGUUCUAUGAGGUCCAGCCUUCUGCAAAAGAUUUGCAGGACCAUGUGGCGUUAAUUGAAGAGGCUAUAGGGAGGGAAGAUGCAUUGGCAAAAUCCAAGGUUCUGUGCAAAUUAAUGGAAGAGAAGCCCUGGGAGAGGAGUAAAUCUGGCAAGAAUGUUGCAAAGCCUAGUUCUAUGGUGGAUGAUGCUGAAGAUGUCGGGAUGGAAGAUUUUGAAGAUGGAACCGCCAAGGAGGAUGAUGACAAGCUUAGAGUAUAUCUUGCACCAUUUGUAUAUGGUAUGCACUACAUUUCCUUUGGUCGACAUUUUACGAAAGUGGAUAAACUUCAAGAGAUUGUUGACAAGCUCCAUUGGUAUGUUCGGGAUGGUGACAUGAUUGUCGACUUCUGUUGUGGGGCUAAUGAUUUUAGCUGCUUAAUGGCAAAGAAGCUUGAAGAGACCGGAAAGAGGUGCUCUUACAAAAAUUACAAUAUUUUUCCACCAAAGAAUUACUUCGAGUUUGAACUAAGGGACUGGAUGACUGUCCAACUAAAAGAGCUACCUCAUGGGUCGAAUUUGAUCAUGGGGCUAAAUCCUCCUUUCGGAGUUAGAGCAGCUUUGGCGAACAAGUUUAUUGAUAAAGCUCUUGAAUUCAAACCAAAGCUCCUUAUUCUGAUUGUGCCAUCUGAAACUGAAAGAUUAGAUGAGAAAAUGUUUCGGUAUGAUCUGGUGUGGGAAGACCAUCGAUUCUUGUCCGGAAAGUCAUUUUACUUGCCAGGGUCCAUUGACGUCGAGGAUAAACAAAUUGAACAGUGGAACAACAAGCCACCGUUGCUAUAUCUAUGGAGCCGUCGAGAUUGGACUGCAAAACACAGGACCAUAGCCCAAAAGCAGGGUCACUUGCCAACGAAGAGAAAGAGGCCACUGUCAAGUGAUGAUCGCAAUGGAUCACUGGAUCUUCGUUAUCCGAAAGAUGACCGGAGCUUUUGCGUCGAUACUUCGUCACUCACAAGUGAUACCUCCAUGCCAAUGGGCAGGCCUGAAGAAACCAAAGACAGAGUCGAUACAGCUGAAGGUCAAAAACGGUGUUUUUCUCGAAAUGACAGUGGAAGAGAAAGCAGGGAGAGCCAGGCUACUGGGACUUCUACGGGGAAGGCCAAUGGUAUAGGAACGAGUGGAAGAGAAAUUUAUGAGAAGUCACCUGCAAAGGAAACACCUCAUCGUCCCUCGCUUAAGUUGGCAGACGGGAAGUCGUCAUUCGACGAUCGGUCCUCUAAGCAAAAGGCCGAUGCUAGCGGAACACGCAGAAGAGAGAUUGGUGAGAAGGAUCUACCUCGUUGUCCCUCGCCCAAUUGGACGAAUGGGGAGUCUUCGUUCAAUGAUUGGUCCACUAGGGGAAAGGCAGGUGGUAGAGGAAUACGCGGAAGAGAAAUUGAUGAGGAGCCGCCGGCGAAGGUAACCUCUCGUCUUCCCUCACCCAAGUCGUCUGUCAAUGAUCGAUCCUCAAGAUCACGUGAAGUUCUCUUUGAGAAGGAUGCCCGCGGCAGCAUGAAUUAUCAACACGCUGGGUUGAGCAUGUCUAUGUCACAUGCUGAGAACUUUUAUGGUGGGCAAGGAUCCACUCUCUCUGAUGAUGCCAGCAGGAUGUAUGGACUGAACAACAAUGAACAUUAUUCAACUCAGAGAUGGUCAAGUGGUGGUGGCCCUCUUACCAUUCAUGGGGUACGAAACUUGGAGCGACCGCAUAUAGCUCAUAUGAGGGACACUGAUGAUUGCAGACUCAAUGUCGCUGAACCCUACUGGAGGGACCUAGAGAUGCGUUUGCUGGUCCGUCUGUAUGGUCAGCAAGAUCCAAAUGUAUCUCAAAGAAAUUACAUGGCAAGUCAUGAUCCCGGGUAUGACCAGCCAGGGCCCCUGACAUCUACCUAUGGACUCCCGGGUUCCAUUGCCGAAUCAUCCCAGCAAGCGAACAUGUCAGCGAUGGAACGAUAUGCUCCCCAUUUGGAUGAACAGAAUCCGACGAGAACGAACAAUGCGAGGCCCGAGGGAACCGUGAUUCGUGGAAAUAGGUUUCUUGAUCCUAACGGGGGACCGCAAUUUGGAUACCAAUGCGAUUCUUUUGGCUUUGCUACCGGUCCUCAUUGGCCAUACUCUCAACAGAAUACUUCUGGCUGGCUUGAUGAAUAGGUGCUUGGAUGUUACUUCCCGUUUUUCCUCUUUCUACAUGUUUUGAAGAUGUUUCAGAUUGUUAAUUCGUA